GCAGCAGCAUCAUGUUACCGCUCUCCAGCUUGCUCCACUGUUGACCGGCACAGGCCCGCGCAGUGGUCCCAAAGAUGUACGGGGAAGGGAAGGGCGCCGUGUGGGACCGGGUCGAGCGGCCCCACCGGGACUGUAUGUGUUACCUUGGACCGCCGACUAACUUGAUGCCGAUCGGGAUGCGCAAGUCGCCCCAAGUGAGCCCCAGAAGGCUUUCGGACAUCAGCCCUCAACUCAGACAGCUCAAGUAUCUUGUGGUGGACGAGGCCAUCAAAGAAGACCUUAAGUUUUCCCGCUCAGUUGAGGACAUCAACAGCGCAUCCAUAGAGGAGCGAAUAUUGCGCAUCACCGGAUACUAUGGCUACCAGCCUUGGAGUGCCAGCUACAAGGGGGAAGAGCGGCCCAGGGAGCACGUGGCACACAGUGGCCCAGAUGUUCAGUCGGUGGCGGGUGCGGCGGGUCCUGAUUCGAACUCCACCAGGCGGAAGCUGCACUGCUGCAUCCGGAUAACGGCAGUGCAGGUGCGGAAGGCCCUGUGGGGUGUCGCCAUGGUGAUGUGUGUCUGCUCGUCGUGGGCAGGCUCCACCCAGCUGGCCAAGCUGACCUUUAAGCACUUUGACGCCCCUUUCAUCCUCACUUGGUUCGCCACCACCUGGAACUGCCUCUUCUUCCCGCUCUACUACGUCGGCCACCUGUGCAAGAGUCCAGAAAGGCAAACGGCCAGACAGAGAUUAAGGGAGUGUUGCCGCUUUUUUGGGGACGACGGGCUGACCCCCAAGGUGUUCUUUACGAAGGUGGCCCCCUUCGGACUGCUGUGGAUCCUCACCAACUACUUGUACCUGCAGGCCCUCAGGAAGAUCAACACAACUGACGUGUCGGCGCUCUUCUGUUGCAACAAGGCCUUCGUCUUCCUGCUCUCCUGGAUUGUACUGCGAGACCGCUUCAUGGGUGUCAGAAUAGUGGCGGCCAUCUUGGCCAUAGCAGGCAUCGUCAUGAUGACCUACGCCGAUGGCUUCCACAGUCACUCGGUCAUUGGCAUCACUCUGGUCGUUACUUCAGCAUCCAUGUCUGCACUAUACAAGGUUCUCUUCAAGAUGGUCCUAGGCAGUGCCAAAUUCGGGGAGGCGGCGCUCUUUCUAACUAUUGUGGGAGGUGCCAACUUUGUUUUUAUCAGCAUUGUGCCCGUCGUCCUAUAUUUCACCCGUGUGGAGUACAUUGAAUCGCCAGGUGAUAUCCCCUGGGGGUACCUCUGUGGGGUUGGAGCCCUGCUUUUUGCUUUCAACAUCCUGGUCAACUUUGGCAUUGCCAUAACAUAUCCAAAUUUUAUCUCCCUUGGCAUCGUCUUAAGUGUUCCUGUCAACGCCAUGGUGGACUUCUACACUUGUGAGAUCAGUUUCAACACAGUGCGCCUCAUCGCCGUCUCCAUCAUUUGUCUGGGCUUCCUCAUGCUGCUCCUUCCAGAGGACUGGGACCAGUGCAUCAUCCGGCUCAGCACCAAGCUGCGCAAACGUGACGAGCCGUCUGAGGGCGUCGCGGAGGCGGGGGCCUCCACAGGGCUCAACUGGAGGGGUCGAGCUAGGACCUCCAUGUCCACAUUUGCACGCUGACAGAGACCAUGUCAUCUGAGGCACAGUGGGCCGGACCUUUAAUGGCCUCCAUUGACGCUCCCUCCUUGGAUGUGAACUUUUGUCCGUAACAUUUGGACCAGGAAGAGAUUGUCUGCCAUCAUCGAGUUGAUGCAUGGACUCAAAUCAGAUGCAUCCCUCUUACUCAAGCUAUAACCAGGUACUACAGAUAAAGUUACAGUUACAGUUUUGACAUUGGCUCACCACAUCCUUCGUCUGGGAAGACUUGCCAGCUUUAUUGAGGAGGAAGGUCAACACUGUGGACCUGGCUGGCUGUAAGACAAAACACAUGCUUAACAAUCCAAAGACGAAUGUCUACAAAUGCUGAAUGCCUGCAAAUUAAUGAGAGGCCGCAUGUGGCGUCCCUCAGGUGUCGUGACCGAUUCCUUCCUCCUUUGCACUGUAUAUAACAGCUUGUAGUUCAUUCACACCUGCCGACCUGAUUCGCUCAUGUACUGUGAACAGGCCCAUGUGGAUGUGAGGCUCAGUGUGAGCUCAACAUGCUUUUACUGCACCUCUUUCCAUCCUUAGCCUUUUUUGGACCACUCUGAUUGGCCCCCUGUGUUCAUGUGCUCUCCUGGGGCUACUGUAAGUUGCAACCACUCUCAAAGUGGAAGUGGUGACACCCGCCGCUCAAGCUGGCAGUUUAGUCAAUGUAAAAUGUGCAAUGCAUGAUUAGGUUGGACUGUCAUGAAGUGAGAUGGCUUUCAGUUCAGCCAACUUUCUAAAGGUUGCUGUCAAACGUAGUUUAAGUAUAACCUUUGGCUGAAAGAAAUUAGAUAUUCACUGUGAACAAAACUCCACUGAGCCCCCCUUUGGAUUUAGGUCAUUUAACUCAUGCACAAUGAAGUCAUUUAGAGCAAAUUUACACUACAUCUCAUUUUUAUAUGCAAUUGAUGCAUAGGUUUUCUACUAUUCCACUCACUGGACACUUCAUUAGGUAUACAAUGUACAAUCUAAUGAGAUCCAAUACAGGAGUUGUAUCAAAAAGUGACACUGGCAAGAGGUAUUCAAAUUUAAAGUCAGUUUUCGUGGUUGUAGUUUACAGUGGUGUAAAACUAUUUAUUUAUUUUUUUAAAGCAUUUUGAAGCAGUAUUUCUAUUAUCAUCGAAACGCAGAAUUGACGUAUUACCUCUGAUAGUGUCCAGGAGCAAGUUUAUUUUUACUCAGUUGCAGAGUGCCAAGCAUCUAUGGUGCGUUAUAAUAUUAAAUACUAGUAUACAUUACAAAUUUCAAUUAUUGCUAACAAAUAAUACCUAUAACCAUACUAAUUACAAUAAUUGUACAUGUACUAUGUAAAAAAAAAAACAUAUAGCCCAUAAUAACCUCAUAUAUUGCAAUACAUUGUUUGUUUUGAUCACUUUUUCACAUUAAUUUGCACUAAUGUAGAAAUAUUCAGCUCUUUAGCUGCACUUCAUUUCAACUCCCAUCACAAACUUCAGUUUUACAGAUGCCAUGCCUGCCCUGCAGGUUGUGUGUGUUGUAGUAAAGAUGUCUACCGUUUCGUAGUGAUAUCAGUGAUAGAAAAGUUACAGGAAAUGUAGUUGCACUCCCUUUCCAAGAGGAUUUUAGUUAAGGUGCGGUGUCUAUUUAUUCUUGUGGAUGCAUCUAUUAGAGGGGAAGCGACAAUUUGAGGAUUUACAGUAAGUGGAGAGCUUUUGCAUUGAAUCUAAUUCGAUGGUGUGUGCCUCAUGUUGCUGGUGAGUGUAGCUUGGAGAAACAUGAACUUCUGUAUCUUUUUGUUGUUGUUUACUGUAUUUAAUACAUUUGAGGCAAGUUACCAGUGGAGAUGUACCUUAGCCUCGAAUGAAGAGUUGGAAACUGCCUUGUUGUGAAUGUAUAAACAUCACUGCGUGCAAUCUGCUUUUUACAGUGCCACCACAGACUUCUGCAGACAAGUACUCAUCUGCACUUUUUUUCUUUGUAUACAAAUACAUUUUUGACUCCACAUACCACAACGUUCAUGUUUUUUGACAUCUGGCUGCUGUUGAGACAGAAAGCAGGGCAAGCCGACGAUGACGUCACAGAGUUGUCAAGACUUCACUGCCUUUGUUUUCACAGCAGCGUACAUGAGCACGAUUUCCCAUUGUCAUUCUCAAUGACAAUAAAAACAAAUAUUGUA